AUGAAAGAUAACUCAGCCCUUGAACAUCAUCCUCCAAAUAGAGAUGAAUUAAGACGUCGCAAAGGUUUCAAAAAAGGAUUACAAUUGUCAGUUUUACUACUCGGGGAAAAGGGCAGCGGUAAAUCAACAUUUUUAAAUAAUCUAUGUGGCCAGGAUAUAUCACUCUCUGACAAAGAAGAUAAUGAAGGAGCAAAGAAUAUGACGAUAGAAAAUGAAAAUACUGCUGAAGAUUUGGAUUCUGAAUAUAAGACAGCCCAUUUGAGCCCCGGACUAAAACACGUUACCAGGAGAGUUUAUUUGAACGAUGAACUAGGAGUACCUGUUACAUUAGACAUUAUAUCAUUUCCAGGUUGCGGUGACAAUGUCGAUAAUUCUCAAAGUUCCGCUGUAAUAAAAAACUACUUAGAUCAGCAGUUUGAAAAUGUUUUGAAAGAAGAGGUUAGAAUUAAGAGAAACACGAAAGAUACUGAUGGCAGACCUCAUGUUUGUUUAUAUUUCCUCAAAAGCACUCCAAGAGGGGUUAAGAAAUUCGAUAUUGAGCUAAUGAAAACGAUCUGUGAUAAAGUUAAUAUAAUUCCUAUUAUUCCAAAAGCUGAUGGUCUUACAGAAGCUGAGCUAAAUUUACACAAAGAAGUCGUGCGUAAGGAAAUCUUAGACAAUGAUAUACAUGUUUUUGAUUUCAAAAACGAUAUCUUAGGGGAAACACUGGCUCUCUAUGAUAUGGAUAUAGACUUUAGUUCAGCAAAAUCCAGAUACUGUCAUGACACAAAAGUUAAGGACAUAUUGCCAUUUGCUAUUGUUUGUAGUAAUAAUUUCCGCACAAAUGCGGAAAAUGGAAUUGUGCAUAUAAGGGAAUAUGAAUGGGGCAGUUUAGUUGUCGAGGACCAAAAUACCUCGGAUUUUAUAUACUUGAAGGCAAUAUUGUUGGGGUCACACCUUCAAGAAUUAAAAGAUGUGACAAACAAUGUGUUGUACGAAAACUAUAGAGCAAAAGUGUUAACUGAAAAAAGAACUAACUAUGAUAUUCCUAAUUUUAGCUACGUUGACGAAGGUUCCAGAGAAAGCAUCAGCAACGUUUCCACUAGAAGAAAUAGCUCAAGUCGAACACUUGGAAAUUUAGAUUCAAAUGAUGAGAAUGCCUGCCAAAUAUACAAAGAAAUAGAUGAAAAAAACAGAAUUAUUGAAGAUUAUCAGAGAAAAAUUGAUUCAUUGGAGAAAAUGCUGGCAAGUCCCAAUAAAAAUAGUGUCUAA